AUGAAGGCACUGCCAAUGGAAUGCGAGCUGGUGCUGUUGUUUCCACCAUGUCCCAAGCUGUACAAGAAUUCUCUUAACCCAGAUCGUACUCUUGUUUCCUCUGCCGCCCUAAACUACCUACGAGCAGUGGUCUCGAACAGUAUCGAUGCAGGUGCAACCUCCGUGGAAGUCAAGGUAGACCUUCCAUCGUACCGGAUCACGGUUGUGGACAAUGGCAGAGGCAUUCCGGCAGAGACUCUGCGGUCGCUCACCGCCACAGAACGAGCAAGCUCAAAGGCGAACUCCGCCGUAGAGAUGCAGCACGCGUCUACCUACGGGUUUCGAGGAGAGGCGCUCUACAGCCUGGCCUUGACGUCCUUGCUGGAGAUCCAGAGCCGCUGCGCUGGAAAGGAACCGCAUGCAAAGGUAGUCCGAGAGGGUGAGGUGCUACACUUCGGCCCCUCACGAGCACCCGUACGCGCGGGCACGAUCGUCACUCUGCGGGAUGCGUUCUUCAAGUGGCCCGUGCGUCGAAAGGCAGCCAACGAGGUGACGGAGAUGACACGCAUCAAGGACUGCGUGUCGAGGAUGGCCCUGGUGAACAACAGCGUCGCGAUCACCGUGCGAGACUCCGCCAAGUCGAAGGUGGUGGUACGGGCCACCGCGACGGGGAGCGCAACCAGAACCUUCGCCCAGGUCUUCUCGUCGGACAAGCUCUCGCUGGCCAGAAAGGUGCAGAUUCCUGUUUGUGUCACGAGUAGUGCAGUGCACCCCCUAUGGCGGAUUCACCUUCCUUUUUGUAUUUGCAGCAUCGGCAGCAGCAGCGGUAUGGUGGCUUUUCCAUUUUCCACGCGGUAUGACACCUCCCAACUCCGGUGUGUCCCGUUCAUGGUGUUGCUUUUAGCCGUCAACGCCGCCUUCGCGCCGUGCAUGGCUCUCCUCGCCGGCCGCGGGGGCGCCGACGGGCAGGGGGUCGUCCGCAGAGUCCGGAACCCCAACGCGUCAUCCGGGCAGCGGCAGGAGCUGUUCCCGGUGUUCGUGCUAAACCUCGAGUGCCCCCGGAGCGAGGUGGACAUCAUGUCGGAUCCGGAGAAGACAUGGGUCGAGUUCUCGGACUGGGCCGCCGCCAGGAACGCGUGCAUAUCGAUGCUGCUGGCGUUCCUGUCCCGCUUCUCGCAUGCGGUGCCGAGCUCCGUCCUGCGGGACCUCCGGCGGGCGUUCCACAAGAACGAAGGCGGUGGCGGCGAUGCCUGGAAGCCGGCCAGCCCGCCGCCGCCUCCCGCCGCCCGCGGAGCCUCACCCGACCCGGGGCCGUCACCGUCUCCGCCCCCCAUGCAGCUGGGUACGCCGGACGUGGGGGUGUCUCCGGCGGGGGUGGGCUCGCCGUUGGAGAGCUGCGCCUGGAUGGGUCGAGACCGGGAGGUGGGCGGGAUCGGCGAGGAGGCCAUGGAGUUUCAGGACCAAGGAUUCCGGGGUGAGGGUGUUCUCUACCCUUCCCCGGCCUCCCGUUUCGGUGCUCGCGACACCGGCCCAUCAUCAUCAUCAUCGUCGCGAAUGCCGGGCCUCUCUUUCAGCGCCGGCGGCGGUGUCGGCGACGACAACCUCCCCGGCAGCAGCAGCGCCGCCGUGUCGCCGUACUUCGCCGCAAGCUUCGAAGACGACGGCAAGAGUCGCUACCACGAGGGCUACGACGACGACGGUCACCCGACCAGCUCGCCCUACUUUGCCCGCUGCCACCACUACGACGUCCGCCGCCGCAGCCCUCCUGAUAACCGGCUCCGCGGGCGACAACUCGCCCUGGGUGAGUAUACCGGCGGCGAGGAGGAGCGCCGAAGACGGCGGUGGGAUCCCCGCCCUUCCGCCCUGGGUGCAGAAGCCGCCCCCCCCUACCCUGCUCCUUCCUUCGCCGCCGUUCGCUACGAGGGUCUCGGCAUCGAAGACAAGGCGCUGAGCGACCAGGCGCGAGGUUCCGGGGGCCACGCAGAUUCUUCCGGCGGGGGGUGGGCGGCGGAAGGCCCUCCCGGCGGAAGAAGAAUGUCGGAUCUGCUGCCGCCGUCGGAGGAGGAGGAGCCCGUCUUUGAUGAACCCCCGCCGCCGAACGAGAUUAGUUGUAGCGCGAAAGCGCACCGCGGCAACGGCCGCCACAGUAGCCGUAGCGACGGUCAGCGGUGGCAGAGCGGCGGCGGUGGUCCUCCUCCUCCUCCCUCGAUUGCUGGUAGUACGAGGGGAAGCAGGCGCGGGGGCUGGCUCCGGCACGUUCCGGGCGUAACGGAGAUGCGUCCGGGGGAGAAGGAUCUCGACCAGGGCCAGCAGCAACUGGAAGAUGAUGCCGCGGACCGGGGGAGCCUGUCGAGGCUGUUCGACUACGCCUUCGCCGACAGCGAUGGGCGGCGGCUCCCGACGGGGCCGGAACGGACCGGAGCGCUCGACGAGUGGGGCGUGCGCGGUGGCGUCCGGUCUUCGUCGCCACGGCUGCUGCCGAGGAGUGAAGGCGGCGGCGGCGGCGGAACGGCGGCCGGGAGGAAGGCCUUCGUCGGCGUUACGGUGCGACGCCCGCCGAGCCCGCAGUUUGCCUUCAUGAACGAGGAGCGCUCCUCCCCCGGCGGUGCCGGCGUCCCCCCCCCGGCACCUUCUUCCCCCAGGCGGCAGCGAAGCCCCCCGCCGGAGGACCGGCAGCGUGAGACUCUUCCACCACCGAGCCGAGAGAACGGCGGCGGCGGCGGCGCGAGGACAUGCAACCCAGUAAAUCAGCAACAGGUUGGUGCUCGGACCAGAAGCCCGGCAAGGGCCACCACGAGCCCUCAUCAGUCGAGCGGCGGGUUUUCUUGCCAGGGGGAUGGUGAUACCCCCGGAGCGUGGGGGGCGGCACCCGCCUUUGGCGGCACCGCUCCGCUUGGGUCAGCGCGUCGGAUGGCGUCGUCUUCGUCGUCGCCCAAGACCGGAGGCGCGUCUGCGAAGGGGGGCACCCCUCCCCUCUCGAAGAAACGAAGGCGCCCGGAGACCCCGGGGUCAAGCUGGGGCGGCGCAGACCGCAGAGGUUCGCCGAGCACCGGUCGCUUGGCAGGACACCGCAUGGAGGACGCUGAGCGGCAUCGAUCACCACCGCCCCCGGCAAGCGACCGUUGGUGGGGGGUGGUCAACAACUCUCCCGGCGGAGAAGGAGACGGCGACGGCGGUGUGGGGUUGGGGGACGGAUGGCUCGGGUGGACGCGGGGGCAUGGCCGUGCGCGGAACAGCGGCGGCGGGUGGUGGGGACGGAGUCAGGACGACACGCCUCCUUCUGCAGCGGGAGACCGAGCAACGCCGGCAGCAACGCCGGCAGCAGCGCCAGCAGCAGCGCCAGCAGCAGAAGCACCAGCAAAAGCAGCGCCGGCACCAGCACCGCCAGCAAUAGCAACAGCAGCAGCAGCAGCAAUCGCACCAGCACAAGCAUCAGCAACAGCAACAGAAGCAGCACCAGCACCAGCAGAAGCGGCACCAACAGCCGCCGUCGCCCGGCUCCUUCAAGCGGACAAUGAUGGCCUUGGAUGGCACGACGACGCAUCACCGACGCCGCGGGGCGGCACGAACGAACCAAGACACCACCCGGAGCACGUUGGAGCGGCAUCGCAGGCGGGGGUACCACCGCGACGGCGCGACGAGAGAUUUUGCGCGGCAGACGGCGAGUCGCUGGGCCUUUCGGCACAGGGGGAGGCAGCAGAGACGAUGCCUGGGGAAGCAAGUGUGUACAACAAGGAGAGCGACCAGACGGUAAGACCGGCGCCAGCCGGCAGGCAGCAAAACGCUUGUCGUGUCGAGGGCGGCGGCGGCAGGGGCGGCGCUCGCAGCAGCAAGGAGGACCGGAUGCGGGCCGCGGGUGCCGCCCUCGCCUACGACCAGGACGUGCUGGGCGGCGACGGGCUUGGGGGGGACGGCGAGGAGGAGGAGGAGCCGGACACGGUCGACGGUGUUCUCGGGAAGUUCCUGGCAACAGGGGAUUACGACAGUUGUCACGUCUCCGACGCCGGUGGCGCGGCGGUCUACUCCCCCCAGGGUCCCGGCGGGGACCGGGCGCGGAAGGCCGGCGGCGAGGCCGAGAAAGCGGCACCAGAAAAGGACUCGCGCUACAACCCGUUGCCGGGGAGGAGAGAAAGGCAGAUCCCUCAGGUGCUGCAGGCGGGCCAGGACGAGGUCGGCGCGGGGGCAGGCGCGGUGGCGGUGACGGUCACGCCGGAGGAGUUGAGUGAGGCACUCCUCAUCGGCCAGGCGGGACGAAAAUUCAUCCUUCUUCGUGCAAAGACGGGAGCUGUCCUGUGCCUCGACCAGCACGCAGCGGACGAAAGGGUAAAGCUGGAGGAACUCGAACGUCAGGUCUUCGGCGAGGGCAGAGAAAGGCGAAACGUUGAGAGGCUGCUGCUCGACCCCCCGGAAAAGCUCUCGAUCACGCGCUCGGACGCAGAGUUGCUGGAGGAACACCGCGAGGUACUCUCAUCUUGGCAGUUCGAGGUCAGGGUGGACCAAGCGCAGCAAGGGGGCGACGGCCUCACGCCGGUGGUCACCCUGACAGCCGUCCCCAUGGUCUGCGGCGUGAGGUUGUCGGUGCAGGACUUUGUUGGCUUCCUGCACUUCCUGCGCGAGAGCGUGGAGCCCGGGCAGUCGGCUCGCCGGCUCCGCCCGCCCCAGGUGCAGCACAUCCUCAACUACAAGGCCUGCCACUCCGCCAUCAGGCAAGCCAGGCGCCGUCGAGCGUGUAUCGUGUUUGGGGGCCGCCAGCGUGUGUGUUUUUGA